GCGCACAUCUGGAGGAAAAUAAAGAAUCAUCAUUUCAUGUCCUCCACCCUCUGUCUUAUUCUCCUCCCUCUCCCUCCGUCUCUUUUUCUGACUGAGGAAGGAGCCGGGAGACAGUAGACAGGCGUCGUAAGCAAACGAUGCUCCUUUGAAAUGUAUUUAUUUUAAAACGAUUUAUCGCAACUUGACACGAUUCCGCGUUUCCCGACCAUUUGCCCUAACGGCAACAGUUCGCGUCUCAGUCCGAGUAUAGCCCGUCGUGUUAGACGCGAGUUGGAAACGCUCGGCCGGAUCCAGGGGUGUUUUUGAUGAAGACAUCUGGCGUUUUGACCGCUGAGCGUUGAACGGACCGCGCUCCACAAGCCGUCGCGUAUCUCGGAACCAGACGGAGCGUCUUCGCUGAGGCUGGUGGAUCAAAGCCAUGCUGUCGCUGGACGAGCCCCUGGACCUGAAGCUUCCCUCUGGCCGCGACAGGAUGCUCAGAACGUCCAUCUGUGCCCCGCUGCACUUUUCUCGUGCUCGAAUAUCACGCGCAUUGCACAAGGCCAAAAGCCCUGAUGCAGCUGACAAGGACAUGUCAGAUUCUUCAUCGUCCACGGUGGUAGAUCUGAGUCUGUCUCCAUCUUCCUCUCCCUCACCACCCUCUCCUAUAGACAGUGGCGCUAGCUGGAGCCCCACAGCGCCUCACCUGGCCUCCGAAUCCGAAAGCACCAUGUACCAUGAGGACAGCGCCUCACCUCCUCCGGGUUUCCAGUUCUUUCUGCCCAUUGGUGCAGAGGGUCCCCUGCGCCUGCCCUCCUCGAUGCUGAUUGGUCAGCACUCCCCUGAGCCCUCGAGUGACGAACAGCUGGCCUGCCGCUGGCUAAAAUGCCACCUGCUGUUCGAGAGCCUGCAGGAUCUGGUGGACCAUGUGAAUGACUCGCAUGUGAAACCAGAGAAGAAUUCGGGAUACUGCUGCCACUGGGAAGGCUGCGCGCGCAAGGGCAGAGGCUUUAAUGCCAGGUACAAGAUGCUGAUUCACAUCCGUACUCAUACCAACGAGAAACCUCAUCACUGCCCUACCUGCCACAAGAGUUUCUCACGCCUGGAGAACCUGAAAAUACACACCCGCUCACACACAGGAGAGAAGCCGUACAUCUGCCCUUACGAAGGCUGCAACAAGCGCUACUCGAACUCCAGCGACCGCUUCAAACACACUCGCACGCACUACGUAGAUAAACCCUACUGCUGCAAAAUGGUGGGCUGUCUGAAGCGCUACACCGACCCCAGUUCUCUCCGCAAACACAUCAAGGCCCACGGACACGCCGUAGUGCAGGACCGCACCGCCUCGCCCAGAACCAACAGGCUGGAAUCAGAUGGUGCCUCAUCGAUGAAUGGCCGACGGAUGGACCGUUCUUACCCAGGAGCGGCUCGUUUUGUCUUUCCGGGUGCGGCGACAACCUUGUUUGGGGCUCACGCCUUCGCCGGCCUUAGCAAUCACCCCCUGGAUCUGUCUAGGCUCAGUCCGCUUUUAGGAGCCGGGCCGGCGCUGUACCCCAGCUCUGGGGCUCUUGGGCUUGGGAAGGUGCCUAUCCUGCACCCCUUGUUGUUGCCGCCAUUCGGUCUCGGCGUGGGUCAAGCUGAAAGAGCGGUUGAGGAAGAAGAGGAUGUUGAUGAUGAAGAUGAAGGCAGGAUGGGAGCAGGACGAGGCCCUCACUCGUGGGUCGUGAUUCCUCCGGGCAUGCUGUUCUUGAAACAAGUGGCGACCACGUAAAGAGACUCGUGGGUCUUGUUCACACUGCACACCGAUCUGAUUUCAAAUCGGAUUAAGGUGUCAUUUUGCGAGAUCGGUCCCCAAAAAACUACUUUGAAAAAGAACCGUUAAUCUGAUUUUUAACUGUUCACGAAUUAGGUGUGAAUCCAGUUUAUUUGCGUUCACACUAGAGGAGCUCAACUGCUUUUAGUCAGAUAUGCCAAAAAUUAUUCUAAACAAGGCUUUAUGGACCAUUCUCAGCAAUUACAAUAACUAUAAAGUUUUAAAUGAAUGAAAUAAUAUAGUAGGAAUAACUUUCAGAAUGAUCCAGCCAAUUAGGAUCCACCUGAGUUUCCAGCACUUAAAGCAACAAAACUAGAGCGUUUGAAUACAACGAACAGAACAUUACUGUCCAUUUACGUGAAUGCUAAUAUAGUUAUUGUCCCUCGUGUGAACAGGCAUUUAGCCACUCAUUUUUGCAUUUUAAUUUGACAAGGAAUUGAAAAUGUUCGUUUUGGAGGUGCUGGCUUGAAGGGUAAUCACCUGUAAGUUAAUUCAAAUAUUGAUUUUUUUCAUUACUUCCUGCACCAUCUGUACACAAUAUUAAUUAGCAAAUCGUCAAAGACAUCAGAGCGUCAUGUGAUGUUGAUAAGAAAUUGUUAGAAAUUAGCACUUUGUAAGUAUUAGUACGCACCUUGAUUUAUCUGAAUGAGCCUCAGACUAUUGACAGUGACCAAACAGAGAACAGGAUGUGACAUGGAAAGCAUACAUAAGACAUACAUCUUCAGAAUUAUGCUAAAAAGCACCUGCUGUGAGCUAACAAAGAAACUUAAGCCCACGUUCCCCAACAAUAGCCCGGAUAUGGUCAUUUGUUAAAAAAAAAAACAGCUUUUAAAUGCUGCGAGUGAAUUUAGGCAUCGCUGAUUACUUUUAGAGUAAAAGAUUAAUUUUAAAAGUGUUAUUUUGUUUUUAAUUUUAAUUUGCUAAUGUUAAAUUAACGUCAGAUGAGCGUUAGAAGGCAAAGAUCAAUCUAAAUGAUAAAAAUAGGUUAAAAUGAGCAUGUGCAAUUAAUUUUUUUUUUUUAAUAUUGAUUAUUUGAAAUAAAUGGUCCAUAUUGCAUCUAUAAAACCAGCUAGAAAACAUGUGGGUCUUGUUUGCAAAUUUUGAUUAACGGUGAUUCGUAAAGCCAAGAAGUAACCGAGUCGUGACACGCAGCUGCAUUUUAAUAAUAAUUUAGCAAAUGAAGCGAAGAUGUGCACCCUGACUGCCAUGAGUAACCAUCAGCUUGUGUUUUCAUUAUUAGCCAUUUAAUGGUGCCGCUUUACGUUUUGUAUGUGUUCUCCGACGAGACACCGACUGUGUCAAAACCGUGAAAAAUCCACUAUUCGUAAUCCGUUUUUAGUUCUGUGGCUAGCAGAUUGGUAAACCUUUAUGCAUGGCUGACCUUUCUUAUUAAAAGUGUAAAAACCUGAGCCCGGUUUUGCACGAGAACCGCAUAUGUAAUGUUAUAUAGCUCUGAUCUGAUAUCUGCCAUGCAUAAUGGAUAAAUGCUAAGACUAUGGCCUGUCACGGUCAGCUUGAGUAUUGUAAUGAACUAUAUUUGCACAGGAUAUUUUACCGAAUUUUUACCAAUACCAAGUGCCUUAUAGUGUAAGGUCGUCAUUGACGAAAUACAAUGUAUGAAAUACAUUUGGAUGUAUAUUGUCAGUUCAUGUAUGUAUAUUUUACCAGAUUUAGUUCAAUAGGUUUCUAUCGUAAAUGUUUGUUUUUACAUGUUUUGUUUUUUUUGACGUUGAGGCUACAGCCUCAUGAAGUUGAACUAAUGCUAAUGUGUCUUACCAUACCACAGGACGUCUGUCAACGUGACCGGAAUUAAAUUCAUGAAAUAGAGGACUGUGAUGCAUAAGUCCAAUAAAGAGUGCAAUGACUAAA